UUAGAUUGUGCUCAUUUGUGGACAGAGCUCCGACAUGGACGGAGUAAAAGCGUGAAAAUGCGCCUCAGCUCCGCUUGGCUGGCAAUUGGGGUGUGCCUGAUUUUUCACCAAAAUGUGACCCUUGACCUGGCACAGGCGGCCAACAUCCUGGGAAUAUUUCCAUAUCACUACAUAUCCGCAUUCAUGGUGGUUCGACCGUUGAUUCAUGAGCUUGUCGAACGCGGACACAAUGUGACCUUGAUCACACCCGAGGGCGGGCUACCCGAUAUCGAGGGAGUUCGACACAUACGAGUUUCGAGCCUAAAUAAACGCAUGCAAGAAUUUAUAGAGACUGAUCAAAUUAUGGACUUCUUGAUUAGCAAGUGGAUGGAGAUCAUUUUGGCAUCCCAAUUAUAUUUCAACAUGACCCAGGGUAUUCUGAGUGACGAAGCCGUUCAAAGGAUGUUAAACGACAAAAGCGAGCAUUUUGAUCUUAUAAUGAUCGAGGCAAGCAAUUUGGAUGCACUUUACGGUCUGGUGGAGUACUACAACACCACUCUGAUUGGACUUUCCUGUGUAAGUGCCAAUUGGUAUACCGAAGAAUUAGCGGGAAAUCCGGCACCAAGCAUCUUUGAACCCAUUUCCCAAAUAGGAUAUUCGAGGGACAACUCACUGAUGAGUAGGAUUUACAACUGGAUGCAUAUUAUUGAGGAGAAGUUACUGGAGCACGUGGUCGUAAUACCGGAUCAACUACGCGUCUUCAAAAAGUUCUUCCCCUAUUCGGAGCAAAAGUUUUAUGAACUGCGGAAUAGGUUCUCGGUGAUUUUGAUAAACAAUCACUUCAGUCUGGGCAGAGUGCGAUCUAAUGUUCCCAAUCUGAUCGAGGUGGGAGGUUUGCAUCUCAGUGCAGCCCCCGAGCCCUGUGAUAAGGAUUUGCAGGCAUUCAUAGACGAGGCAGAGCACGGAGUCAUCUAUUUCUCGAUGGGCCUGGAUAUAAUGAUAAAGUUCCUUCCAGAGAACAUUCAGCAAACAUUUAUUAAGUCCUUUGCAAAGCUAAAGGAAAGGAUUGUUUGGAAGAACGAGUUCUUUAAUAUGCCCAACAAAUCGGAAAAUAUAUAUGUGAUUCCAAAAGCUCCCCAGCGACAUGUUCUGGCCCAUUCAAAAAUCCUCCUUUUCAUCACAAAUGGAGGAUUACUGAGUGUGAUGGAAGCGGUCGACAGUGCAGUUCCCAUGCUGGGAUUGCCAAUAUUCUUUGAUCAAUUUGGUAAUCUGCGUUGGGCCCAGAUAUCGGGCAUGGCCGAGGUCCUGGACAUAAACAAUCUAAGCGCUGAAAAUCUUACGAAAACCAUUCGAGUGCUCAUUGAUAAUCCUAAAUACAAAAUGAGGGCCAAUCAAAUAUCGCAGACCUUUAAGGAUCGACCCAUGAAUCCUUUGGAAACGGCUGUUUGGUGGAUUGAGUACGCUUUACGGAAUCGGGAUAUAUCCCACAUUCGCCUCAAAUUGGAGGACGUUCCAUUAUUCUAUUAUUAUAGAAUAGACAGCGUUCUCACUUUUGUCGUACGAUUUGGUAUGAUUGCUGCAUCGGUGAUCUUCUUGUGCUCUGUUUUUUUUAGAAAAUACGUGUCAGCUGAUUGGAUUCAUUUCCAGACGGAACUCCGACAUGAGCGGACUAAUAUCGUGACCAUGCGACUCGGAUUUUCAUGGCUGAUGGUUUUCCUGUGCCUUUUCCUGCAUUCGGAUUUCCAUCAGGAUCUGGUACAAGCAGCCGAUAUCCUAGGCAUAUUUUCCUUCCACCUCACCUCGAAUUUUCUGGUCAUAAGGCCGUUUGUAAAGGCUCUCGUUAAACGAGGCCACAAUGUAACUUUGAUUACACCAGAGGGCUUUCCGCCGGACAUUGAGGGAGUUCGACAUAUACGCGUUGCCAAACUAAGUAAACGGUUACAGGAAAUGGCUAAUUCUGACCAAUUUUUGGAUUACUUCGGUAAUAAAUGGAUGGAGAGUGUGCUGGCUGUCAAUAUGCUAUAUAACAUGUCUCACGAUAUUCUGAGUAACAAUGCAGUUCAAAGAAUGCUAAAAGAUAAAGAUGAACAUUUCGAUAUGGUGAUGAUGGAGCCGUCUGGCUUGGAAGCUCUUUAUGGCCUGGUGGAGUACUACAAUGCUACCCUAUUGGGGUUCUCCGGCGGAUUAAUCAGCUGGAAUACUGAAGAACUGGCUGGAAAUCUAGCACCCAACAUUUACGAACCCAUUUCUCCGAUUGGCUUUUCCUGGGAUAACUCUUUGAUGAGCAGGAUUUCCAACUGGAUUCAUAUUGCUGAAGAGAAACUGCUGGAGAACUUGGUCAUUCGACCAGCUCAACUGACCCUCUUCAAGAAGUUCUUCGGCUAUACGGAACAGAAGUUUUAUGAGUUGCGGCGAAAGUACUCGGUUAUCUUAAUUAACAACCACUUUAGUAUGGGAAGAGUUCGAGCCAAUGUUCCUAAUAUCAUCGAGGUGGGAGGUCUCCAUCUCAGCGAACCUCCUGAACCCUGUGGUGAGGAUCUUCAGAGGUUUAUGGACGAGGCGGAGCACGGAGUCAUAUACUUCUCGAUGGGCUUGGAUAUCAUGGUGCAAUUUCUGCCUGAAAACAUGCAACUGCCACUGAUGCAAUCGUUUGCCCAACUAAAACAGCGGAUUGUUUGGAAGAACGAGUUCUUCAACAUGCCAAACAAAUCAGAAAACGUAUAUGCUAUCGAAAAAGCCCCACAGCGGAAAGUGCUGGAACAUCCCAACAUUAGGCUUUUUAUCACAAAUGGCGGUCUUUUGAGUGUGAUGGAGGCGGUUGACAGUGGAGUACCAAUGCUGGGAUUACCCUUAUUCUUUGACCAGUUUGUCAAUAUGAAAUAUGCUAAGCAAGGUGGCAUUGCCCAGGUCUUGGAUUCCAAAACAUUGAAUGCUGAUGUUCUGACCACAACCAUUCGAGAACUGCUCGAAAAUCCCAAAUAUUCUCAAAAUGCUAAAAAAAUGUCGCAAUCCUUUAAGGAUCGACCCAUGAGUCCCUUGGAUACGGCAGUUUGGUGGACUGAGUACACACUACGAAAUCCAGAUGCCUCACACAUUCGACUCAAUGUGGAGGAAAUUUCCCCUAUGCGUUACUACAGAUUGGAUUGGUUGCUUCCAUAUGGUGUUCGUUUUGGAAUCGUUAUUGGAUCUUUUAUAUAUCUAAUCAGAAUAAUUUUCCAGAAAAAGAGAGAAACCCAGCGAAAUCGCCACGAAGAACAGAGGGUUUCUUUGGAGUUAAGUUUGCUUGAAUCAUAAUGAUGUUACUAACCGUAAUGUUAAUAUAACAUGUUAUGCCCUCGCGAUCUCUGUUAAAUACAUGCCUGUUAAAUUAUUCGCUUAAUCUCAAAAGUAUGCUUUAAAAAGUAUUCAUUGACUUGGGCUUCGUGGCA